UUUCAAUACAUCCGCGGUCACACUGAACAUCAGCUGCUGGGGACAAAUUUGUUUUGUUAGCAAUAAAAACGACCGUUUGAGCUGAAAAUGGCACUGCGGAGAGCAAACGAGUUGGUCACGGAAUGAUGCAAUGCAUGGACCAUGAUCGUAUUCACAAGGGCGAAUCUCAUCCGCUUCCUGGCCGGCGCAAUAUGCUUGUUGCUGGUGCUCAAUUUUGUGGGCUUCCGAAGUGACGGAGCCAGCGGUACGUCGCUGAGCAAGUUAAGCAUACGGCGCGUGCACAAAUAUGCCCAUAUCCAUAGGAACACCAGCGGCAGUGGCAGUGGCAGUGGCGGCAUCCGGCUGCCUGCUGCACCCCUGGCACUAUCGAAGGAGCGAGAGCUGCACAACGCUCAGAACUCCACCUCAACGACUGUGAUUGCGAUUGCAAACUUUACUUCCAUUCCACAAGACUUAUCGCACCCCUUUGCGAACAUCAACAUGAGCACGCACAAGCCCUUGCCAAUGAAACCAACCAUGUCCGCCCUCCAUGCCAAUUGCACUGAUCCUGAUCCCCGAGAUGGUGGACCCAUUACGCCCAACACAACGCUGGAAUCUCUAGACGUCAUUGAGGCCGAGCUGGGCCCCUUGCUGCGCCCUGGCGGCGCUUUCCAGCCGGACCACUGCAACCCCCAACACCAUGUGGCCAUUGUUGUGCCCUUCCGCGACCGCUACGCCCAUCUCUCCGUCUUCCUACGCAACAUACACCCGUUCCUAAUGAAGCAGCGCAUCGCCUAUCGCAUAUUCAUUGUGGAGCAAACAAACGGGAAGCCCUUCAAUCGCGCGGCUAUGAUGAAUAUCGGUUACUUGGAGGCCUUAAAACUUUACCAGUGGGACUGUUUUAUAUUUCACGACGUCGACCUUCUGCCUUUGGACGAUCGCAAUCUCUACAAUUGUCCACGUCAGCCGCGGCACAUGUCCGUUGCGAUUGACACGCUGAAUUUCAAGUUGCCUUACCGAACAAUAUUUGGGGGAGUCUCCGCCAUGACACGUGAGCACUUUCAGACCGUGAAUGGCUUCUCGAACUCCUUUUUUGGCUGGGGCGGCGAGGACGAUGAUAUGUCCAACAGAUUGAAGCAUGCAAAUCUAUUCAUAUCAAGGUAUCCCGUGAACAUAGCACGCUACAAGAUGCUGAAACAUCAAAAGGAGAAGGCCAAUCCCAAGCGCUAUGAGAAUAUACAGAAUGGCAUGAACAAGAUAGAAAUGGAUGGCAUCAACUCAAUCAAGUAUGCCAUCUACAGCAUCAAGGAGUUCCCGACCUUUACGUGGUAUUUAGCUGAGCUAAGGAACUCCGAGCGCAAGAGUUAGCCAACAUAAAUGGCGGAGACAUCGUAACCAUGCGUGACCUUUCAACAACUAUCUAAUAAUGUGCAUGUACAAAGGACAACAUUACUUUCUCGAAUAGUAGAAUCAAUCUCUCGUUUACUAGAGUAGCCGAAACACCCAAGAAAAAGACAGAUUAUGCCGUAACGAUCAAGACAUUUAGACGCGCACAUAUUGUGCGUAUGAUAGUAGUCCACUCAAUAUACUCACAUCACAAAUGAUGCUAUGUAUGUAGUAUACUUUUAAUCCAUAAUUUAGCUCAAAUUCCAACUCGAACCGUAGGUAACAAGUGUAGCAAUAAUCGCCCCUCCUCCACUCCCCCCUUAAAUACUCAAAGUGCUCCAGUAUAAUUAUAGAGUUUUUGUUGAUUUUUUUUUUGUGUUGUGUUUUUUGUUAUUGUUUUUUUUUAAACUUCUAUGGUAAUGGUAUUUUAUUCUCUCUUCUCUUUAAAAAGACACCUACACCAAUUCCUACAAGGUGAAAUGUAGAUAUUACUUUUGUGAUAUGCAAAUUGUUAAUCGAUCAGAACGAUUUAUACCAAAAUAAAACAUAUAAAAACUUUUACUAUACCAAAA